UCUGGAGAGCGAUUAUCAGUCACUGCCUCAGCGCUAUAGUGACUUUUGCCAAGAGGGUUAUCAGAGCUGCCUGUCAAACAACUGUUUCUCUGUCUGACGGCUUUAGAACUGCGGAUAACAUUUGGGUAUGUUCUUAUACACAGGGUGAUCGGCUAGAAUAAAAUUGUAAAUUUGGUCAGAAAUGCCCUAACUUGAAAGCUUCUCCAAAACGCAGUAAAGGAAAGGAAACUUUGUUACGCUCUCAACAGCGGGCAUUUUUGUUGAUAGAGUAUUCAUCAAGUUAACCAAGAAUGAUUCCACCAGCCAGUCCACGGAUCAGCAACACGAGAAGCCGCGGUCAGGUCGAGACGAACCGGGGAGCCACUGCGCUUCUUCUGGACAGCAUCAAAACCGCAAUCAGGACCGAGCCAUUUCAGGAUGUGUACAACGUUAUACAUGGCAAAGAGCUGGGCAGUCCCCUAUCUGUCUCCAGGGGGAAGUUUGCCAUAGUGAAGAGGUGUGUGGAGAAGAGCACAGGGACGGAGUACGCAGCCAAGUUCCUGAGGAAGAGGAGGAAGGGUCAGGACUGCAGAGUGAAGGUGCUCCAUGAGAUCGCUGUUCUGGAGCUCACCAACCCUAGCCACAGGAUUAUCAACCUGCACCAAGUUUACGAGACCCCGACAGAGAUGGUCCUGGUGCUCGAGUAUGCGGCGGGAGGGGAGAUCUUUAACCAAUGUGUUGCCGAAGGAGACGAGGCGUUCACCCAGGAGGAGGUCAAACGGUUAAUGGGACAGAUCCUGGAAGGCGUGGCCUUCCUACACAGAAACAACAUUGUUCACCUGGACCUCAAGCUUCAGAACAUCCUACUGACCAGUGGCUGUCCUUUGGGGGAUAUAAAGAUAGUGGACUUUGGCCUGUCUAGAAGGCUGUGUCAAAAUCAGGAGCUCAGGGAGAUCAUAGGCACACCAGAGUAUGUCGCCCCAGAGAUUCUGAGUUUUGAACCAAUCAGCACAGCAACUGACAUGUGGAGCAUAGGGGUGCUGGCGUAUAUGAUGUUGACGAGGACGUCACCAUUUCUUGGAGAAGACAAGCAGGAGACCUUUCUCAACAUCUCCCAGAUCAACAUCGACUACACCGAGGAUGAGCUGCAGGACCUCCCAGCCUCAGCCAUCCACUUCAUCCGGUCUCUUCUCAUCAAAGAGCCCAAGUCUCGUGCCACUGCUGAAGAGUGCCUGAGGCAUCACUGGCUCCAGGAGCAAGUCCAAGAGAAGAGAGAAGAGGAUCUCACCAGCGAGAUCUGCCAACGGGCACACACCAAGCCUGCUUCCCCCUCCUCCUCCUCCUCCUCAUUAUCCUCCUGUUGCUCGUCAUCCUCAGAGGAAGGUCCUUUGGUAGAGGAGUUGAUAGUAGUGGCUGCCUACACCUUAGGACAGUGCAGGCCGACGAUGCCCGACCCCGAGACUCUGUCUCUGGAUGUGAAGGCCAUCUCCAAGCGGUUCAGGUUCGAGGAGCCAUUCAGCUCCCUACAGAAGAUAAUCUUCUGAUAGAUGUGUAUGAGCCCUCCUACUGUAGAUGGGCUCUUUACUGAUUGUAUUUUGUUUACCACACACCACACUGUCUCUACUCCACAAGCCAAACUACACUGCUCAAAAAAAUAAAGGGAACACUAAAAUAACACAUCCUAGAUCU